AUGGUAGGAGUGGUGGUGGUGGUAAUGAUAGCGGAAAAAAGGUUUCAAAAGUCGUCCCCUUUUGAGCAGUUUGAAGCGGAUACUGGACAAGCUGCUGUUAGCGGUGCAAAAGCUUUGUCAGAGGGGGAAUUGCCGGCCGGCCUAAGGCACGAGCUUUUGCCAAAACAUGUGGCAGUUAUUGCUGAUGGAAGCCGGAGGUGUGCAAUAAAGAAAGGAAUGCCAUCUAUAUUAGGCCAUGGUGCUGGAAUGCAAAGUCUUCUGCAACUUGCUGACUUAUGUUGCAACUGGGGUAUUGAGGUUCUGAACGUAUUUCUAUUCUCUACUGAGAAUUGGGUUCGACCUCGUGUCAGUCAUCUCUCUAACUAG